AUGACGUCACUGUCCCGGGAGCCCCCCCUCGCCCCCGGGAGCCCUCGGGGACCUGCUGCCCUGGCCCCUCAGCAUCGCAACCCCCGGGAGCCCCACCCAGGGCAGUCUCCCCCCCGCCUCCGGCAACCGCCUGUCUCCGGUGCUCCGCCGGCUGCACUCCCCUUCCCUGGCACCUACCAUGCCUGUGUGGUCCACAACCCCCUGGUGAACAUCGCUUCCAUGGUGACCACCACUGACAUUCCUGACUGGUGCCUGACAGAGACAGGGCUGCCCUACAUGCCUGAUGCCCUGCCAGACCCAGCGCAGUGGGCAGAGAUGCUGAACAAGUCACCUAUGCGCUAUGUCAACCAGGUCCGUGCGCCCGUGCUGCUGAUGCUGGGGGAGGAUGACCGUCGUGUCCCCCCCAAGCAGGGGCUGGAGUAUUACCGUGCCCUCAAGGCCCGAGGGGUCCCCACACGGCUGCUCUGGUACCCAGGGAACAACCACGCUCUGACUGGAGUCGAGGCCGAAGCUGACGGUUUCAUGAACAUGGUGCUGUGGCUGCUGGAGCAUUUGCGGUGCCAGCAGCCCAGCACUGCUGCCACCCUCCAAUGAAUGAUGUAGUUCAGCACCCCAGUGUCUCUGAUGGUUGUGCUGCCACCAGUGUGUCCUCAAUGGACAAAAAAG